UUAAAAUACCUACAAAGUGCCAAAAAAACGCCACGCCCCCUCCCCAUCCGGAGGGUUACUCGAGCGCCCUCAUUCGACAACGAAGAUCUGAGUCUAAACUUUAUUAAGUCGUUUUGUAUUUCAGUUCUUUUUCAUCACAGGGUGAAACGAGUAUUGAAAAGAUAAAUCGUCUGUAUGAUGUUAACGAUUCAAUACAAUAUAAAACUUCAAUAUAAGAGAUGCAUCUCUUUUUCUUUUACAUCAGUAUUCUGUCAAUGGAAUUAUUGCGUGCAUCAAAUACAAGACAUUUCAUGACUACAGCAAGUCUACGAAACACAGGCGACUCGACUAAUGACUAGCACAGUAACUAGCAUCGUUUGGUGCAAUUAUCCCAUGGAAUGCUGCAAGAUUUGCACCUUUCCCACUAAAUUCUAUGGUUGGACAAAGGCGACAUCAAACUAUAAGUCAUGAGCAUAAUGUCAAAUGACAACAAAAGUGCCUUAAUCAACCCAGCUGGCGUUUCCUGUUGAUAACAUGGGAAACCGACUGAGUGGUAACCGUAGACGAGAGAUUCCCAGAAGUGCCAGUGCGUACACGUUCCAGCGGGUGUGGUCCCGCACAUCGCGGCGGCGUCGCAGUGUCAAUUCACUGACCGACCCCUACCUGGCCUCCCGCACCACUUGGCCCGUGCCGCGAACCGAAGCCAUGUUCUUGCCCGAGUACACCGUCAAUCCCAGAAGUGCUGAGAAGGAAUAUAAGGUCUUACACCAGAUCAACAGAGGUGCCUACGGGGAAGUGUUAAAAGUGCAGCAACAGUCGGACAAGAAGGUCUUUGCAAUGAAGGUAAUGUCGAAGCAGGAAAUAAUACGCAAUGAUGCCGUGAAGCAGUGCAAAGAUGAAGUAUGCAUCCAAAGGAUGGUGGGUCACCACGCUUUCAUUGUACAAAUACACAAGACAUGGCAGAACAAGAUUCACCUGCACAUCGUCAUGGAUUAUGCAACUCAUGGUGACCUUUACACACUCUGGCUGCUAGAGGGCGCCUUCUCAGAGGCCGCCGUGCAGCUGUACGUGGCCGAGUUGGCCCUGGUGGUGGAUUUCCUGCAUAACGCUGGCAUUGUCUUUAGGGAUCUGAAAAUGGAGAAUAUUCUACUGGACCAUGAUGGCCACAUCAGACUGACAGAUUUUGGUCUGGCCAAGUGGUUGAAACGGGGCACAAGAACCAACACGAUAUGCGGCACGCUGCAGUAUAUGGCCCCAGAGAUCCUCCGUGAGGACCCCUACUACCAUGCCAUCGACUGGUGGUCCCUGGGCAUCAUCACCUACACCCUGCUGACCGGCAGCUUCCCCGUCAAGGGUGCCCCCAACCACCAUCUCAUGUGCAGCAAGGUGCUGCACACGGAAUACUCACUACCCACCUCCUGCAGUGCCGAGGCUAACGAGAUGAUCACACGGCUUUUGUGCAAAGACGCCCCGGAGCGCCUCCAGUCCCUCCCAGCCCUCAAGGAGCUGAGCUUCCUGCGGCCCCUCAACUUUGAGCAGCUGCAGAAGCGCAAGCUGCAGCCCAAGAGCUUCCUCAAGAGGAAGCUGCCGGCCACCCUGGCCCGCCGGACCAAGAACGGCAAGAAGUUCAUCUGCGACAAGCAGUCCACGGAGCUCAAUAUUGAAAAUUUUGACUGGCUCCGUGUGACUGCAUUAUAGCAGGCUCCGCCAUUACCCGUUGCGAAUGCUACGGUGUUGUCAUGGAGAAAUGCAUCUCGAAGAAAACAACUCAUCUUUGGACAACUUCGCUGGAGAAGGUAGGAUCACUCUGCCCAGCUUCAGUCAUUGUCAUCUUGGUACGAGAGCCAGAAAUUAAUAAAGCAGGGUGCCAGAAGAGUAAAAAAUUCAACAGUAAAAUUAAAACGUGUGGGUCAGCUACAAAAUGUAAAAUUUAGAUUUAAAAUGUAAAAAUAUACAAAAUGUAUAUAAAGUGUGUCACUGACAACUUGAUGAGGCUGUACACUGCCUGGAUGUAUAUUUAUGUAGACAGUGAGACUUGAUAAUCUUGCCUUGUAGUUUGAUUAGCCUGGGAUUUGUAGAGACAUUCAGAUCCACAACCAACAAGUUUGGUUGAACAUUGAGUGACCGUCCACCACUGCCUUUCUAUACUGCCUUGAGGGGACGUUGCUGUCUUUUUUAACUAUUAAGUAUUUUUGCAUUUGCUGGUUUUUAAGGGGAAAAAAAUUACCCAAAGAAUAUGUACAGUAGAGUACAGUAGUAGGGUGUUGUAUUUGUUACGUGCCAUUUUUAAGAAUUUCAAAAGAACUAGUUUGCGUCAUCUGAUCAUUUUGGUAAGCAAGUAUGGUUGGCAGUGUAUUAGUUUGGGCAGUAUCCAGAUAUUUUUUUAUGGGUGGUCUUGGUCUUGACCAUAUGGAAGUACUGUCCAAGUGUCAUUGCCCUGUGGAGGAGGUUGAGAAGUGGACAACAAAAAGCCUGAUUGGUUGACAUGAGUUUCAUGAAAUGGAAUGCAAUCUUGUCACCGAGGCAACAAACAACAGAUGGCACCUGUGACAAGUUUGUGCAAAUCCAGUUGGAAACUUGUUAUAUGCACUCUGUGGCUUCUUGUGCAUGUCCUUGCCGUUGUAUAUGUAGGUAUCUUAAUGGCCUCUGGAUGGGCACAAGGAUUGACCCUCAGUGAGGUGACAUAGGGCUACUUAAACAGAAUGGUGUCAGAAGUGGCAUAUGCAGCAAUAAUGACCACAACCUCUUGAGACCUCGGCCAGAACUAUAUUGGAAAAUUGUCUUUUUGAGGGUUAAGGCUGGUUCAUACUUCAGGGGAAGUAUGAACCUGCCAUUCAGAAGAAUGAAAAAGCAACACAAAUUUGACACCACGAAACCUUUGCAGCAAAAUUUGCAUCAGAUGGAAUCUUUUCAACCGUUGCAUAUCUGCAGCACAAACAUUUGAUGUGACAUCAUAAAUUUAUGCACCAAGUAUGAACCAGCAAUCAUAACGAAGUCUGUGAAUGCAUUCAUUCAUUAUGCAACUUGCAAAGAAUCUGUCGGGACUCUUACUUCAUCCGAUGAUGAUAGUGCCCUGUUUAACUUAGUUGAAUCAGGGAGGAAUGUAUAUAUUUUAUUCUUCAAUGGUUGAACGAAAUUGGCUUAACUCCCUAGGAUGAUUUAUACCAGCAACCUUCCACAUCCCUGCAAAACUCUACAGCAAACUGUGCACAUAAACAGUUGGACUCACGUUUACUUGUAGUAUGCCUAAUCCCACAUAAAACACAGCCAGUACCAGUGCAGGAGUCAUAUCCUAACAGAUUCCCACAAACCCUGGUGUUGGAGUUGGCUGCUUGGGGAUGGUUAAGUUCAUGCACAUGUAAAUCUGCUUUGCUUAAUUACCCUGCCAACAAAUGGUAUUUAUACUGUGUCACAUCUGUGCCUCAUGUGUACAUAAAUUAUGUACAAACCUUUAUGACAGGGAGUGCCACUUGACUUUUAUAGCAGUUGUACUUUGCUAGUGUGAUUUUGAGCCUUCAGAAUAAACACGUUUUGCAGAUUUAUUAUUUGGCAAGUGUGGACUUACGGCCAAGAGAUAAUGUGCAGAGAUAUGGGCUAACAGGGUAGAAUAUUUGUAAAUCAAAACAUUGCAUAACGCAUUGCAUACUUUCAAAUCAUAAAAUUUUCCCGUGCGUUAUCUUUUAGUUAGCUUGUAAUUUGGACUUGAGAUUUGGGAUACAUGUAUGACUGACGUUUAUAAUGAGCUUUUUAAAAAUGAAGAGCAUAGAACAGCAAACUCAUCACAAAAACAUUACAUUUACUUGUAAUUUACAUGUCCAAAUUGAUUCCGAAGGGCAGGAUUUUUUUCGUCAAGAGCAUUGCUGUGCAAUUAAAGCCAUUAGAUAAAAGCAAAACAAGUAGACUUGAAUCAUUGUGUGAAAAUUCUUUUCCAUUUUUCUGUAAAGAAAUAGUUACUCAAAAUUAUGGUUCCAUGAAAAUGAUGGAGGUUUGGCAAUACAGACUCUUAAAAUGACUUGAAUCUGUCAAGUGAAAGUCUAGACUGGCAAUAAUUACGUGAGCAGAUUACUAUGUCAGCAAUCAGGUUACACUCCAAAGAUUUUUUAUAAUGAAUCAUUAAUUGCAAAAACAGAUAACAGACCUGUCAGACCUGCAUAAUUGAUUAGAUGAAUAUAAUAAUAAUUAUAAUAAUAAACAGAAUAGUGAGUUCUCAGCGCAUAUUACGGAAUGUCUCUAUGCGCUUAAUAGCAUUACCCCUGUACAUUGCACUCACAUCAUCUGAACAUUCCUGGAAGCAUUUCAGCUCCCUGGGGAGUAUACUAGCCCAGUGCUGCCAUGUCAGCGCAAAUGGCUAAACAUAACCGUGUCUGCCCUCAUAGGUACCCAUUUACUGCUAAUUUACCCCUACAUACAUGCAGGGGUAAAGUGACUUGCCCAAGAUCACGACAUGCUGCCACAAGCUGGAUUCAAACCCCUGACCCUGGGAUCAGAAGCUACAAACCCUAACCACUAGGCCACGUGCCCCCAACGUGCUCAGACAUAUAUUUAGAUAAUUCUAAGGGCAACAUUGCAAUAUUUUGUGUGUGCAAUGUUGGAUUAUAUACAUGUACAUUGUUUAAAGUUACACAACAGUUUGUAAUUUUGUGGGGUGUGGGGAGUGGAAGAAAUUUCUGAGGCUUAAGUCUGUGAAUAUAUGCACCUGUACAUGUGCGUGUGAUUUAGCAGGGAUGCGAUGUUUGUAUUUGUCAUAAUGAUGCAGCUUUUUGAACCAUUGCAGUAAGGAGGGGUCUCGGAAUCCAUUGUGGGUGUAAUGUACUGAUUUUCUAGUAAUCCAAGCUGGAGAUGCAACAGUGUAGUAUUUCUAAACCUUGAAUCCUACUGGAGAUAUUGUAGGCCAACUGAGCCUUGUUUAAAGGAUAAAUUUACACAUGCCUUGUUGUGGCUUCUGCUACUACACAGUUGAAUUAUUGUAUUCAGAACUGUGGUUUUAAUAUGAUGCAUGGUCACUCUGAAGGGGCAUAGCCACCAUUUUGUGUGCCCAAUGGAACAUGGACUUUUCAUCCCACUUAGGUUGCAUCACAAAUUAGGCUCCGAAGACCCGAGGAAGGUAGUCUUGGGCCAAGACGGCAGAACCUGACAGCGGACUCGAUCGAGCUAUCACAUUCUGCCGUCUUGGCCCAAGAGUACAAGGAGGGUAGUGUGUGAUUUCAGCAUAUUUUUAUUGCGCAGUUAUGUCAUGUAGGGUUUGUGCCAUCUGUUUUCAUCACAGCCAGGGCUUUGCAUGUGGGAUAUUUAAAUUUUUGCCAUCCUGGUUCAUACAAUCCAUUUGCCACGUUGAUUUGGGUUCUAUCACGGUUUUGAUUCUACUCUUAAAUUCUCCAGUCUGCUCCAUCCUGCCACUUGUCUCCCCUCCCCCAUAGUGGUGUCAUUCUGCCCUGAAAUGUCUUGCAUAGUCUCAAGAUUUGUUUGAGGGACCAUACCAGUAGAUUCCGAUGUUGCAGGGGGCCUCUUUUGGUGCAAUUGUUUUAUACAAACUCUUCAUACAUUUUUUUUAACUCAACAGUUGAGCAUUUACCAGCAAGAAGUAAUUAUCUUAUAAGACAAGUGUCUAAACUCUCCCAGGCAGGUCCGUAAUCAUGAUUGGAGAGAUGAACAUUUUUCUGCACUAGUUCGAAGUACCAGGGGUAGGAAGAUGCAUUCACACGUAAAUGCAAUACAACUUCAUCACAUUCAAAGUCUGUGUUUGAGAUGUGUUGACCAGAGCUCUGCAGGGUUCCCAAGGGUACUGGGGCUGUUUAUCUUGCUGAGAAAAUUUGCACAAUGAUAAGCUGCAUCCUUUGUCAAGUAAAAUGUGAUUGUCAAAGACCCCAUAUAAAAGCCUUGCCAAAAGGGGUGCCAGCCAAAACUGCAGCCUGAUUCUUUUUUUUUAACCUUUGAAAUGUGUUAUUAGUUAUGAAAUUGACCGAUGAUCUUUGAUUGUAUGAACCCUGUUUUUC